UGUUGUCUCCCUCACACCCACACACGCCCGUAUUCUCGUACACACCCACACAAACGACUAAACGCUUGGUUCGUUCAGUGCCACGGCAGAGUCGGCCCGUUCCGCGCAGACUUGACAUCAUUAAAGUGACUCUAUUGUUCCGUUCCCGCGAAAUGCGUUGACAUUACAAUUCGGAAGUGCAAAUAUUCUUUGUUCAAAAUUAGUCUUUUUCUUUUAAUUUGUGCUAGUGUUGUGACGAACUUUGGAUGUGGAUACUCUGAAACAUCAAACAGCAUCAAACGCCGCACAGCCAUUGAACCGAUCCGAUCAUAAAAACAAACAUGACAUACUAUUUCCGGACCUGAACAGAAAAGGACACACAUGAGCGAAGAUACCGAGAAAGAAAGAGACAUGCAAACCGUCGCCUACAACACACCCAAUGUUAUAGAACAAGCCGACAGCAGACUCAUAGAAGCUCACAAUUUCUGCGAUGCAGAUUAUUUAGAUAGCGAAAGAAUUGAAGUAGACGAUGAUAAAGAACUAGUUAUAGCUGACAAAUCUCAAGAAGACCAAAUAGAUGAUACUAAUCAGAACAUAGAUGUAGGAACAGAAGAAAAAGUACAAGAUUUUGAGCUAUCAUGGCACCCGCACGUUUACGGGAAACCGCCAAAGAAGCCUACACCGCAUUCGAUAGAAUAUAUAUUAGGGUUAAAUCAGAAGUCGACCGUGAGCCAGUUGAUGAGUGUGAAGAGGUUCGAGGUGAAGAAGCACUUGUACAAGAGUGCCCAGGUGCAGACGGAGCGAGUGAUGAGUGUGCACAAGAACAAGCUUCAGGAACAGCUUCUGCAGAGAGUGAGAACUAGUGAGUGUGAGUUCGUGAAGGAGGAGCCGCUGAAUCUCUCCGUACCCAAGAGAGAAUGGGAAGAAGAGAAAAAAGAUCCCUCCAAACUCAUCAAGCGUAAAAAAUCCACGGAAGAUGUUCGUUCGCCCCUCGGAGGCGAGGGUUCUCUCACCAGCGAGGAAGGCGAGGACGGAGGCGCGCGCCGCAAGAAGGCGCGGACCACCUUCACGGGGCGGCAGAUCUUUGAGCUGGAGAAGCUGUUCGAGGUCAAGAAGUACCUGUCUUCUGGGGAGAGGGCUGAUAUGGCGAAGCUGCUGAAUGUUACUGAGACUCAGGUCAAAAUAUGGUUCCAGAAUAGACGAACAAAAUGGAAGAAAAAGGACAACAUCACGAACGCAGAAGUAGCAGAAUUCAAACAGCAGAACAAGCCAGAGGAUAAAAAAGAAGACUCAAAAGAAGUAAAAGAAGACCCUUUAGCUAUAGACAUGUCCAAAAAGAACUGCAAUAAAAUACUCACGGAAAAAAUCAGGGGUACAAAGCCAGUCACCCAAAGUGUUGUGCCAAAACCGAGAAAAGUCGAAAAAGGAGUAAUAUUAGAAAGCAUUUGUGAUGCUAAUGACAUAGAAAGUAGGAUAUCUAUCACUAAGAUUACCAAUAAGUUAUCAAGUACAGAUAUUUCUGAGAUAGGAAAGGUUUCAGUUAAGAGUUUUAACCCUGAAGAAGUAAAAGAAAUAAAAUUUGAUAGUAGAGACGUAGAAAUGUGAAAUUUGAAAUACCGUCGAGUUUUUUUUCGAAUUUGGAGGUGCUAAUAAUUAAAAAAAAGUCGAGUUGGAUAUACUGUCAAAAUAAAUAAUUAUAUGGCAUCUCAUUUAAAACUGUUGUAUUGUCUUUGAAAUGCUCACAGUAGUUUUUAAGCUUAAUGGCGGAUGUAUCUGAUUUAGUCACACACUUUGCAAAUAUUCAUUGAUGUUUAAGCGAGGAGAAGGGUUUAUUAAACUUACAGAUAUAAUUCUUGGAGAUAUACUUUUCUUAAAGGCACCAAUAAAUUUAAUUUCAAAAUAAUAAAAGUAUUCCUUACUAACACGAUAGUAAGAAUUACUUAGGUAACUAUUAAUUUACCGUGGGGCUUAAGCAAUUAUAAUUAUUAUUUUUAAUGGAA